AUGGCGAGUCAUGGUGCUUCUUCACGAAGGUGCGUGUCGUUGACGAACAGCCCCUCGCGGCAAAAGAAGAACAGCCCUGACUCUACUGCUCGUAAAUCAAUUCCGCUUACGCGCCCCACGGGAGAGCGAACUGUGAAAUCAUUGCGACUUUCAAAGGCCUUGACAGUUCCUGAAUCAACAACUAUUUAUGAAGCUUGCCGUAGGAUGGCUGCCCGCAAAGUAGAUGCUCUAUUACUAACUGAUUCUAAUGCUUUGCUCUGUGGAAUCCUCACUGACAAGGAUAUAGCAACGAGAGUUAUUGCCUGUGAGAUUAAUCUUGAAGACACACCUGUUUCCAAGGUUAUGACGAGGAAUCCAGUAUUUGUCCUUUCUGACACUCUUGCUGUGGAAGCCCUCCAAAAGAUGGUGCAAGGGAAAUUCAGACAUUUACCGGUGGUGGAGAAUGGAGAAGUUAUUGCCUUACUUGACAUAGCAAAGUGUUUGUAUGAUGCUAUUGCCCGUAUGGAAAGGGCAGCUGAGAAAGGAAAGGCAAUUGCAGCAGCUGUUGAAGGUAUCGAAAAACACUGGGGAACACCUGCUUCUGGCUCCAAUUCAUCUUUCAUUGAGACUCUUCGCGAGCAGAUAUUUAAGCCAUCAUUGUCUACAAUCAUUCCUGAGAAUUCAAAGGUUGUAACAGUUUCACCUACAGACUCUGUUUUGGCAACAACAAAGAAGAUGCUUGAACUUCGUGCAAGUUCAGCUAUUGUCACGGUUGAUGACAAACCUUGUGGUAUCCUUACGUCAAAGGAUAUCUUGAUGCGGGUAAUAGCACAACAUCUUCCUCCAUCGUCAACUCCUGUUGAGAAGGUCAUGACUCCAAAUCCAGAACGUGCAAUAAUUGAUACACCAAUUGUUGAUGCACUUCACCUUAUGCAUGAUGGAAAAUUUUUGCAUCUUCCUGUGGUUGAUAGAGAUGGCGUUGUUGUUGCUAUUGUUGAUGUGAUUCAUAUCACUCAUGCUGCUGUUGCGACAAUUGGAAAUAAUGCCAAUUUGAACACUGAAGCUGCCAACUCCAUGAUACAAAAAUUUUGGGAUUCGGCCAUGGCCUUAACUCCAAAUGAUGAUGAUGACGAUACACAAAGCGACAGUUCCUUCAAAUUGAUAUCUGAGGGAGGAGAAACAGGGAGAUCCCUUCCUUAUCUUGCGUCAGCCAUGCCGAAUACGUUUUCCUUCAAAAUACAAGAUAAGAAGGGAAGAUUGCAUAGAUUCACAUGCGAUACUCGGAGUUUGACAGAGGUUAUAACUUCCAUCAUUCAGAGAGUUGGUAAUGAUAUUGAUCCCAAGAACCUGCCCCAAAUUCUGUAUGAAGACGAAGAACAUGAUAAAGUUGUACUUGCUUCAGACAGUGAUCUUGCUGCAGCUGUGGAACACGCAAAGACGGCUGGUUUGAAGGGAUUGAGAUUGCACUUAGACUACUCAGGAACACGUGGUUAUGGAAGUGAUUCAAGUUUGGGAAGUUUUGAAUAUGCUAAUUCAGAAGCAUGGGCCUCGGCAUUUAGUGCCGUUGCUGCUGGAGCGGCAAUUGUUGCUGGUUUAGGCCUGUUAGUGUUCUUGAGGCGAAGUUCAUGAGUUGAAGAAGC